UCUCCUCUGUAAUGUUACAUGUAGGUAUAAUGUAUUGUAUUAGCAGUAAAUAAUAAUUACUUACUUACCUACUUACUUGGAUACAUUGUCGAUAGGUAGGUAUUUAUUUGAUACAUUAUACCCAUGUAAAUAGUAUGCGUUUGACACCACACUUUUUUAUGUCAGAAUAUAGUUUCUUACAAAACAAUGUGUUGCUCAGAAUCGAAUCUCAACUCAACAUCCCACGCCCAUGACCAAACCCCGCGGAUUUAUAAAAAGCGCUCCUUCGUUUACCCGCCCUUCAGUUAGCUCGCCUCCUUCAGCUCCAUCAGUCUUCAUGUCCACUAUGCGGGAGGCAUUUGUUUCAAUACUGCUGCUAGUCGCCACCGCGAACUGCUCAGACCUCGGGAAAGACGUCAAUUACUAUAAAGAUUAUCUGCGCGCGCGCUCCGACGAGUUGCCCGAAGGCCCUGCGAUGGCGGAUCGGCUUUAUUUCUAUCGGACGCCACUGCAGCUGUACCCGGGAUUAUUGCCGGUAUUGGAACAGGAGUAUAGGAAAAGGACAGGAAAUGUAUUCAAAAAUCAUAUGCUAAAUAAGGACUCGUUGCUGGAAGGGCUGAUACCUGAGAAGCGAAGCUCGAAAACUGCCCUGUCGGCGAUGCUACAGGGGAAACAUGCUUUGCCCACGAAUGAAGGGCAUUAUUGUCCAUACGGAAAAUAGAGAGGAGGUGGUAAUAGAAUAGAGUAUGAUCAGGGUGAGGAUCACGAUCAGGACAACAUGGAUUUCAUAGUAGAAUAAGACAUAGUUAUAUAAUGACCUACAAAUAUUACAUGUUGUGUUGUGUUAAGUCAUAAUCGAAAUAAUGUUUUAAAGAACACUGUGCGACCAGUAAAUGGUUUGAAUUUUUAUUGAUGGACGAUGCGACAAAUAGGUAGAUCUUUUUAAUAUUAAUUUACCUAGAUAUCUACUUUCAACUUGUAUAAUGAAAUAAUUACUGUAGUGACUGAGUAAUAAAAAAGAGUUACAAGGA